ACUCUCUCACAGGGGAGGUCUCCUCUCAGCUGGUGAAAAUCACUUUCACUUAAAGGGAAGCCUCACCGGUCUUCCUAAGCCUGGAGGUGGUGAGUUCGUAAACUGCUUCUUCGGCGUCGUCCACGGUAAGCUCCUCGCCUCUGACCGUCCCUGACUCCCUGAAUCGUCGCCGUGGGAUUGAUUACGGUCGACCACAGUUGGACUAUGAACCAGUAAUUUGACUGGUUCAUGGACCGGUUUGGUUAUCGCAACCUUGCUUUUGAAUCACUGAAGACUUGGCCAUGGCUACAAGGAGGGUACUUGUCUUUGCUUCUCGUUCUGCCUUUGCUCGUCGUUUCUCGCUAGUUCCCGCUUCAGAUAGUGGUUGUGGAUUCCAAAAAUGGCAAAACGGGGGUGGCAUAUUCCACGAGUCAGCUUCUAUAGACUCCACAGCAGUUGUUGAGGUUGGCGCUGUAGUCCAUUCUGAAUCUGUCAUCGGUGCAAAUGUGCAUAUAGGCUCUGGAACAGUUGUUGGUCCUUCUGUUUCUAUUGCUCAUUCAACUAUAAUUGGAUGUAGAUUUCAGUGUAAACAACACAAAUUUGAUCAAUGCUCUGGUCUUGCUUAUUGUAUGCAGAGGCUCAAGUGCAUGCUUAUGUUUAAUGUGGCCCUUAGUAAUUGCUGUAUAGGUGAUAUAUGUGUAAUUCACAGUGGAGUCUGCAUUGGUCAAGAUGGGUUUGGAUUUUAUGUGGAUGGUGAUGGUAAUAUGAUAAAGAAGCCUCAGAAGUUGAAUGUGGUAAUAGGGAACCAAGUGGAAAUUGGUGCUAAUACAUGUAUUGACCGGGGCAGCUGGAGAGAUACAGUUAUUGGGGACAAUUCAAAGAUAGAUAAUUUAGUUCAGUUAUUGGGAGGAAUUGUAUGCUUUGUGGGCAAGUUGGGAUUGCAGGUUCAGCAACCACUAAAUUCCUGCUCAAUCUUUUGGGCGUCUCAAGUUUACAACAUUGUGUAUUUGAUCGGGGUGUUCAGCAUAGGAGAUUAUGUAACCAUGGGAGGAAGGGUAGCAGUGCGAGAUCAUGUAUCUAUUGUAUCUAAGGUUCGGCUUGCUGCAACAAGCUGUGUAACCAAGGACAUCAAAGAGCCUGGGGACUAUGGUGGCUUUCCAGCUGUUCCAGUUCACAAAUGGCGGAGACAAGUCGCCAGAAGUUCCCGACACCGGUGAAAAGGAAUACUUAUAUUCAGCAAACUGAUAUUUUAUAUGGAGUUAGCCAAGUGUAAGUACAUGGCUUAGGAAGCAACGUUAGUGCAGUAUUAUUCAAUAGAUUGUUCUCCAUUAGAGAACUAUUUUAGGGAUUAUAUCCAAAUAUUGAAUCCAAUAUGUAUUGGCUAAAGUUUAGUUCAAUAGAUACCAUCACAUGAGUACUUACUUCAAGGGCAAAAAAGAAUACAUAAAUACUGAAUUCAUUGUUGCUACCUAGUACCUACUGACUAUGCCCUCAAGAAAUUUAUACUAAAACCAAAACACACACACUGAAGGAGAUGAGAUAGCACCUUGCAAUUUUUGGGACCUACGCUGAGUUUGUA